AUGGCGAUAAACGUGCAAAAAAACGAGAAGUUUGCGGUGAUGAGAUGGUUAACUGAUGGAAACAGGAUAUCUGUACACAACUUGAAGUAUGUUACUGAGCCAAAACUGCCAAAAGAAGAGUACAAACCUGGAAUGUGUGGGCUUUCUGUUUUCGUUGGGUUUCCAGGCCUUUGGAAAUUCCGCAUAUUGAACGUGGGGGGCAAAAAGGAAAUGACAGAAUGGUUAAAGAGUGAAAUCCUGCCUUUAACUGCAGAUCCCACGGACAAAUUUUGUGAACUUGAAGAGAUAAGACAUCCUGAUCUUUAUGAAGAAGGAAAACAAUCGCUGGAAGGCAAUGCAGAAAAAUCUGAAGUGCCUCUGAGGCGCUCCCCAUGGAAAUCUGUGACAUCUGAUGUGACUCCUAAGAAAAGACAUCUGGAAAGGUCAGAGGGUUCACCAAUCGUGCCUCACUCAGCAAGGAAAGUUUUGAAGCUUGAAGGGACUCCAGGAAGCAGCCAGUAUUUAAGCAGUAGGGUUGGUUCAAACAGAAAAGAUGCAUCUGGAAAUAAAAUAAAACGACUGGAGGAAGAUGUUCGUAGCCUUCGAAGAAAAUUAGGGAAACUCGAGGAUAGGGUCUCAGAGUUGGAUAAGGAUAAAGCAUCUAACUCUAAGACAGAACAAGUGGUGGAAAAAGCGUACAGGACGGGGCAGUUGGCAAAGAAGAAAGAGGGACAGGGAAGUGUGUCAAAAAAGGAGGCUGAUUCGAUACUUGAAACUAAGCCGUGCCAGGCAAUCUGUGAACAAGAUGUUGAAGCCAUUGUAGGCAAGGCUAUUGGGGAUCAGAACAAAUUCAAAAAUUUAUGUUUAUACAAGUUCACUCAGGAAGAAUUGGUGUCUUGCACCCGAACAGGGAAGCGAACUAUCAAAUGUAUGGACAAUGUGAAACCCCAGUUAGAUCAUACCAAAUUUAAGGAACUGGAAACAUUAGUAUUAAAAUACACUUCAUAUGAUAAGCAAAGUUUCCAAAAAAAAUUUGAAAACUUACAGAAAGUUCUUAGAAGAGAGAAAAAUGGAGCAGUCUGACUUGACCUAUAAGCCUUUUGAAUAAAGCAACAUAUAAAAAAUC